AUGUCUUCUAUUGAGCCUCUUUGGCGAGCAUACUCAGAGAGGUUGGAUACUAGGAAAUUUUUCUGUAGAAAUUUUCGUGGAAAGACAGAGCAUAAACAACUCGUUAAACACAAUCCUAGUGUGAAGAAUCUAGACUUAACAAGUGUCGACCAAGUGGAGAAUACUGUGCUUUUAGAACAUGAUUCGGAUGUGAUACUACAUAGUUCAUUCUUGUUUUGUGUCACUGAAAAUAGUGAAAUUGUGAUUAAUGGAGAGUGCUGCUCUGUCGAUUUGUCGAAAUUAGAAUAUACUGGUUAUUCAGAGAAAAUUUCUAACUUAACUAAUAACAAUGUGCAGAUUAGUCCCUCGCCUACUAUUCGUCUACCAGUACGCAAAAUAAUAACGAAACAUGAAAUGAUAACGAAUGAAAAUACUGUAUAUGAACUAUCAUCAACAUUUAAUGCGAAUCAUGCAGAAAACAACAUUUUGAAGAAAGAUCAUAAGGAAUCCAGUACUCACAGUUAUCUGAAAUAUAAACUUCCUCCUAGUAUAGUAUAUGUUAAUUCUCCUUUGAUUAACAGCCCCUCAUCUGUUUUUACUAAUGAAAACCAGAGUAUGAUUUUGUGUAUAGAACCUCCCGGUAAUCCCUCUAGUUGUGACACUAGUUGUGACACUAUAGUAACGUCCCUUCGGGGCAGUUCUCAGACUUGUUCACAAACAGAUUCAACAAAUAGUUUACUGUUUGAAGAUGCUUUAUACAACAAAAGUAAAAAAACAGAAGUGGUGCAUCAGGAAAUUAUAUAG